AUGAGUAUGCACCUCGCCUCCAGCGUUGCCUUGCUCCUCCUCCCUCUCCUCUCCCACCCCGUGGCGGCUUACAAUUCAAAUAAAUCGCCCUCCCGCAAUGCCGUGCUGCUCUCGAACAUUCAGACUCUUACCCUUUAUUCAAACCGCAAAACUAGCCACCGUCGUGUGUCCGCUAUUCCGCAGCUGACAUGUGUCGGCCCCUCCAAACGAAUAUGCUCACUCUACACGCCCGACGUGAUGCGCUGCACAAACCAGGGCUUUGACUACGAUGAAAAUGAUGUUCAAUGGACAUGCACUGCCGAAUUGCCACCGGAGUUUAAGCUGGGGAGCACAGAGGUCGUCUGUGAAGGGUACAGAGAUGCCAAUGACCCGUGGAUACUGAAAGGAAGCUGCGGAGUGGAAUAUCGCAUGCUACUGACAGAAGAAGGCGAAAGGAAGUUCGGCUAUCUGAAUACAGGAGGAAUCCUUGAUGAUCGAAGUUGGGGUGAGUUUUUGUGGGAUCUCUUUAAAGGUCUAGGAACGAUAUUCAUCGUUAUGGGAAGUUUUAUUGCGCUGCUAAGCUACUGCAAUCGCCUGUCCAACGGAAAUAGGCGUGGCACAAGCAGCUGGUUCGGCGGAGGCGGAGGUGGAGGCGGUGGAUGGGGUCCUCCCGGCCCUCCACCGCCGUAUGAUUAUCAGACUGGGAGGUAUACCAAGACAGAAACCUGGCAGCCGGGCUUUUGGUCCGGGGCACUUGCCGGGGGCCUAGCUGGCUAUGGGCUUGGAAAUCGAGGGAAUCGAGGAUCUUCUGAACGAAGAUUCAACACGUUUACUCCAAGCUCGAGUAGCAGCAGUGCGGGCCUGUCAGGCACGACGAGAGAAAGCACCGGAUUCGGGGGCACAAGGCGUCGUUGA